GAAAAAAACGGCAAAGGAGCAAGAAAGAAAAAGCGUCUGACGAGAAAAUUCCGUGUUUUCCGUUAAGAAAAAUAUCGAAAAAGUUAUUAAAGAAUUUUUAAAAAUUACCCGCAAACUGAAAAUAUUAAAUUUUAUACAUAAAUGAUAUGAAAAACUCGGAGAAAUUAUUAAAAUAAUAAAGGAAAUCCCAAAAGGCAGUGAAUAGGAAAAAUUUCACUUUUUUGUGAAACUAUACGGAGUGUGUGGUGGUGGUGAUUGGAUUAAAGAAAAAAAAAGCAAAAAAGAAAAAAAAAAACGGUGUACAACUAGAUACUCUCCAGCAUAAUUGGAAGCAGAGAAUUUUAAUCGAAUUAAAAGUCAAAAAAUGUAAAAGAAAAUUCCAGAAAAAUUUUUUUUAAGUUUUUGAAAAACGACACAAAAAUCCUACUGACUAGAUACGCAUAUGUAUACAUAUAUAUAAAUAUAUAUGCAUAUAUACAUAUAUUUUUUUCAAAUUUGAAGACUGCAUUGAAAAGAUUAUUUGCUGAUUAACAACCUACCACUCCUCUGUUCUAAGCUGAUUUUGCUUAGCAGCAUUAUUUAUCUUCACACGUGUUUUGCACUAUAAAUUUAUCGUUUAUUUCGUUUUCAUAGCGAAAUUCGCAUUUUAUCGUAAAACAACAGUAGUGAAUGUAAAAGUAUUACUCGUGCGUAUAUUAAGCGCGUGUGUUUGUGUGUUAAAUAGAAGAGCUCUACAUUACUAUUUCGUUCUUUUUUUUUUUUUUUUUUUUUUUGUUGAUUUGUGCCCUGCAGUGUGUUAUCUCCAGUGACCCGCUGAUCGGUCUUCGUUGCAAAUAACAACAAUAACAACGAAAGGAAAUAUGAAAAAAAUUAAAACAAAAUGCCGUACAUCAACAAAAAUAGCAAUAGCAACAACAACAUUCUUAACAAUUGAUUACGUUGCUUAACUUUCUAAUCAAAAAUCUUGUAUUUCAUUUUGCGGUUUUAAGCAAAUACCUCGGGGUCAUCGCAUAAUUGACCUUAAACUCUUUUUAAUUUCGUGACAGUGUGUAGACAUUGUGUUACAUAUAAUAACGACAAGAUGGAGUUGGAAGAAUUAGAAAAUCUUAGUAAAAAUGACUUUUUACCCUUAAUACCGUUAAUUAAACAAGAGCAAUUGGAUUCGGUACAAACGGAUAUGGAUACACGUGAACAUAUGCCUAGUACGGCUACAACAUCAGCAGACCCAGCUAGCACUUCAUCAUCAUCAUCAUCAUCUAUUGCAAAUCCCUGCGAUAGUGCAGAGAAGCGGUCUGAAUCCACAUCUACUUCAUCAAACAAUCCAAAGGCCACUAUGUUAAAAUGCGUUUGGUGUUCUCAGACUUUGGGUAUUAACGACCGUCCAAAGCUAUUGGAAUGUUUGCAUAUAGCUUGCGCUCAGUGCGUGCAUAACAAAUUCGUUGAAUUGGAUCGUACUAUGCCGCCGCUGAUACACUGCCCUAUAUGUAAUAUGGCCUCACAGAAUGAAUUAAUAAUUGACAAUCAGUUUCUUAUCGAACAGUGUACGGCGGCCGGUGAAAUGUCAGCCGAUGGUAGUUCGUGUACCGAGGGUACAAAGACGUCAGCCUCGGCCAGUAUACAGUGUAGCAGUUGUUCGGAUAAUGCUAUAGCGACCUCAUGGUGUGUCGAUUGUUCCGAAUAUAUAUGCGAUAGUUGUGUGCAAGCUCAUCAACGACUCAAAAUAACCAAGGAUCAUACGAUUAAACCGAAAGAAGAGGCUAACAAUGAACAAUUACCAGGCACUGCUGGUGUCGAUAAAUUGCAUAUGUGUCACCUGCAUCCACAAGAGAAAUACUCACUCUAUUGCGAGACAUGCGAAAAACUGACAUGUCGAGAUUGUCAAUUAAGCGAUCAUCGCGAUCAUAAAUAUAAAUUUGCUCAUGAAAUUGCUACCGAAACGCGACAAUCUCUAUCUACUCUAUUAUCGGAAAUUAACUAUAAACGUUUUCUAUUAAGUACAGCUACUCAAGUGAUCGAUGAUCGUCAAAAAAUGAUUGGUGAUAAAAAAACAGAACUUAUUAAGGAAGUAACCGCUAUGGUUGUAAAAAUUACGAAUACAGUUAAUAUGCGGGGCAAACAAUUGAUUAUGCGUUUAAAUGAAGUUUGCGAUAGUAAACUGAAAGUAUUAAUUGAAAAGAAAGAUCAUUUGCAAUUAUUGGCCGAUCAUACCGAUCAUUGUAUAGAAUUUAUGGGUAACGCAUUGGAAAAGGGUAGCGAUUAUGCAAUCUUAUCCAGCAAGAAAUCGUUAGUAAAUCAAUUGCAAAAACUCAAAUGUCAGCGCGCUGAUAUACCCAAUCCGGAAAUUCCAGUACGCAUACAAAUACAAAUGAAUCAAAUACCCGAACUGCAGAAAGUUAUCUCACAACUUGGUACCAUAGUGGUGGAUGGCAAGCCAUAUCCGCCGGCACCGUGCACGAAUCCACCACCACGACAACAGCCAAGUCCAAAUAUGGCACCGCCAUUACGUCCCGGUCCUGGGGCAAUGCCGGUCGGGAUAUCACCUCCGGGUCCUCCGGGCCCACCAGGCGGUUUUGGUCCUCAAAAUGGUCCACCUUUAUAUAAUAGUCCCUCACCUCAACAGCAACAACAACAAUUUAAUAACAUGCAAAUGAACCGCUCCUAUGCUGGCGAAGGGCCAGGUAAGGUACGAUAUGGUGGUAUGCCCCCGGUGGGUAUGCAAAGACAAGGACAACCCCAUGUUAGUUCCUCAACACAUCCACAAAAUAUGGAUAUCAGUCUGCGAGGCUUAUUAAAUAAUCAGGCCGCACAAAGUCCCAAUCAGCCAAUGUCAUUUAAUGGACCGCCAAAUUAUCCAGGCCCUCAAGGCGCCCCAUCACCACAUCAACAAAUGUGCGCACAAAUGAGGCCGCAUUUUAUGGGCGGUCCACCGGGUCAGCAGCAUCCAAGUUUUCCGCCUGGUGGACCGAACAAUCCAAAUUUUAUAAAUAAUAGCGUAGCGGCUGCUGCCGCGGCACGUUUUCCAAACUAUCAACGAAUGUCCAGUCAUGCUCAACAACAGGCGGCCGUAGCAGCCAUGGCUUCAAGUGGCGGAAGUCAAAUACCUUCCCCAGGUGCUAUGCAAAGGCCUCAAAUGAUGGGUAAUCCCAUGCAAAAUAGUAUGGGAUUUCAUACCAGUCAACCAAAUUAUAAUGCCGGACAUCCACAAACUUCCCCGCAUGGUCUAGGGGGUCCCGCCAGUGCACCAAUGGCUAAAUGGCAUAUACCCCAAUCAGCCCAAAGUAAUUCUUGUUCGCAACAAGGACACAAUCUAAUGCAAUUUCCCAAUGGCCGUCAAACGGAAAAUUUUAAAAUAUCGCUAAAAUCAUUAAAUACUCUUAAAAAUACUACACCACCUUCAACUGGCAGUAGUAGUACUUCAUCAUCAGGUCACGGUAUGCCUGGUGGCAGCAGUAGUAGUAGCGGUGGACAUGGAAGCGUCAUGGGUAUAAGUGGUGGUGGCGGUAGUGGUGGUGGUAGCGGCGGAGGAGGGGGAGGCCUAUCUGUAAGUGGCGGAAACAGUGCCGGCAAUUCAUUAUUAAAUGCCGCUUCGCUAGGGUUAGGUCCCGCAGUCUCGAUCCUGCCGAAUGUCACCUCAACCAAUCCUAAAACUCCCAGUCCCAGUACUCAUGAAAACUCGAAAGAUUUUACUGAACCCAUUGAUAAAGUACGCGAUGAUUCAAUUAACGAUCUUAUGGCAACCAUAGCAAAAUUGGAUUCGAACGGUGUUCAAGUAUUACCAGAAGGACGUACAAAAACCACAUCACCUCAGGUUCACAGUUCCACAGAUUUAUCCAAUACACAAGAGGUUCACAAUAAAACUACCGAAAAAGAUGAUCCCAAUGAAGAUUGGUGUGCCGUUUGCCUGGAUGGCGGUGAGCUAAUGUGCUGUGACAAAUGUCCCAAAGUAUUCCAUCAGAAUUGUCAUAUACCCGCCAUUUCUUCAUUGCCCGAUGAAAGCGAAAGCUGGCAAUGUUUAUUAUGCGUUAACCUUAAGGAGUUGGCUAACAAUGUAGAUAACAUGCAAAAGAAUCCCGGUGAACUGAGUCGUCUUGAAUUGCAAAUUUUGCAACGCAUCUGCUUAGAAUUAUAUUGUCAAUAUGAGCAAAGCUUACAAUUUCGCGAACCGGAAUCGCCAACAAAUACAGCCUACUACGAAAUCAUAUGCAAUCCAAUGUCAUUGGAUGUGAUACGCACAAGAUUGGAUCCCUCCAGCCCAAAUCAUUACAAAGAUAUCGCUUCAUUUAUCUCAGAUGUCCGUUUAAUUUUUAGAAACACCUAUUUAUUCUAUCAAGAGGACUCCAAGACCUAUACAAAUGCCAAAUAUUUGGAAAGUUUCUUUGAAGAACAAUUGACCAAAUGGUUACCGAAUUAUGUGAAGAAUAAAAAUAUAAAUCAUAAUUCAUCUGCUAUACUUAAUAAUAAUUCCAAUGCAAUGCAGUUAAGUAAUGGCAAUAGCGGUGGCGGCGCUUCAACGUCAGCAUCACCAGCACCGGGAGCUCCGUCCCCAUCUUUGAUGGAGAAUGGUGGUCGUAAAAGUACCGGUUCGGCAGGAGCUUUAAGCAUAAAUAGUAACAGUAAUAGCAGUAGCCACCACAGUAACGGAGGUGGGGGAUCAACAAGUGCGGGCGGUUUAAUACGCUUGGAUGAUAAUAACGAUGAUGGUUGCAUUUCAUCGAAAAGGCUGCGUUUAGCGGAAUAGGAUAAACUUUUAACUGGCAACGGCAAUAACAACAACAAUAGCUGGCGUCCAGUAAAUCAAAUAGACAAUAUAACGGCAGCAACAACAACAACAACAGGAGCAGGAACAACAACAAUGCAACCGUUAAUUUAACAUUAUAUGAAAAUAUU